UCACGCGCUAUUGCCCCGUGGAGACGGCAGCCGCAGACCUCAAAGAGCAAUCGCUGAGCACCGCGCAUCGAGUACUUCAAGCAUGAAGCGAUCGGAGCCAGAUGUCGAGAAGACCGCGCACGCAAGCAGCUCGCCGGCCGAGCUCGACCGCCGGGGAAAGACGCCCGAGCCAGGUGCAGCACCGUCGGCGGCCAUCGCUAGCCGUAGCCCCGUCAAAGGUCCGACUCAACCAGAACGUUCACCCGACGAUGCAGGCGGCUCGCCGCCCACGUCAGUCGAGGCCGCCUGGGCACUGACCUCCAUCAGUCGUGCGGACGAACCGAGGCGUCGUGGCUACGCGCGACGACGGUUCACGUCGAGCUCGACGUCGUCGCCGCCGUCUUCAAGAAAGGCUGCCUCCACCGCGAGAGAGGGUUCUUCCGGGGGCUCCGACAACCUGAAGCGCCGUCCGUCGCGGGAGAAAGGGCGUCAUUUUCUCGAUGCGACGACGAGAGAGGCCGUUGAAUCGACGGCAACUGCGGGCCGCGGACACCAUCGCGAGGGCGGCCACGAUGAAUCGCAAUCCCGUACUCGGCUGAAUGAGCUUGAAGCACGCAGAAAGCUAUCGCGGGUGCCCGCGAAGCACAGUGAGCACCGAGGUUUGCACCGAGCGCCAGAGCUCCAGCGCCCAGCGCGAGAGGGAGUUGCCGCGAACGCGCACGGGGAGCAUCGACCAAGACUCGCGGAGUGCCCGCAGACGCGAGCGUCGCUGUUUACCGGGGAACCCGCAAGCGUCGCCGACAGGUCGUCACCGCAGCAGGAUGGGCCGUCUCGGACGCGACGUCGUCCUUCCACGAGCCCGUCCCUGGCGAGACCCCCUCGCGACGCCAAGCAUCGGGCGUCUUGCUCGGCCACGACGUUGCCCACCGUGUUGCGAGGCGAGCGGAAACUCGACGCGACCGGCGCGAUGGGAGAUGUGACGUGCUACGCGGCGUGGAAGACUCGGAAAGGUUCCACGACGACCUCGAGUCGCAGUGGAAAAAGGAGCAGCAGCCUCCAAGAGCUCUCCUCGGCGGGCACUCUCGCAGGAGGUAGGGCGGGCGGGCCCGGCGCGCAGACUUCCUCGAGAAGACGCAGUUCGUCGCCGGGAGGCAUCGGAAACCUCCGCAGCUCGAGGCGACGGAGCGAAGGCGCGGAGAGAUCGACGGCCUCGAUCCCAGGCAGUCUGGAGGACCGACGCCGUGUUCCCUCCAACUUGGGUGUCGGGCGACAGAUAGAGGUCUUUGUGGACAUCACGAAGAGGCAUCACGCCACGUGGGCAGAACCAGCUUUGGCGACAUCAAGCCACACAGGCAGCUCGCAAUCUUUCGUGGAGCACAUCUCUGCCACGGUGAAGAUUCAUCCCGGCAAACCACCCUCACCGGGAGGACCGCCGAAGCCAAGCGACGAUUCUCAACUCGCGGAGAAACGAGAGGAAUAUACUGACGAGGAAUAUCGGGUGGAUCUAGAAAGAUUCAUGCCUCAGUCUAAGGAAGCCCUCGCUUACACCGAAUUGCUCGACUACCCCAAACACCGUCCGACAGCGGCUCCGAAGGCAGCUCGGAAGGCAACUUCGAAAACAGUUGUAAAGAAGGCUGACUCAGGACCAAAAGUGGACCUUGAACGCUUCAUGCCUCAGUCCAAGGAAGCCCUCGCUUACACCGAACUGCUCGAGUACCCCAAACACGGUGCAGAGGCAGCUCCUGGGCCUCUUGCUGAAGAGGAGCAGCCGGAACCGAAAGUGGACCUUGAAAGCUUCCUACCCCGAUCAAAGGAAGCUCUCUCUUACACCGAACUACUCCAGUAUCCGAAACACCGUCCAAAGUCGGCUCGGAAACCCGCUACGAGUACAAUACGCUGGGGGACGCAGGGAAUGAGAGGAGUCUCACCGCCAUCCAAGACAUUCUCCUGGAUUCAUCCAGAGAGAGGUCCAGGACGGCCCACAUCCCGUCGUGCUAGCCUGGCGCGACCCAUGGGACCAGCGAAGCGAGGGACUACUCCUCCUCCACCGCCGAAAGCUGCUGGUGUUGCCGCUCGUCCGCUUCGGGCAAACGUCCGCGACACCACUCCAAACGCUGUUACCAAGCGAUCCAGCAAAGAAUCCCUGCAAAGACGAGCGUCAUUGGCUCAAAGCGGAACGACAACAACGAAAGCGGGGGGUGCGCCACGCAAACCGUCAAAAGAACGGGCAGCUCCCAGUAAGCCGGUGACCCCUCUUCCUUCUCCUGCUCCGGGAGGAAAGAGAGUAGUUGCCGUUCGGCCAUUUGUGGCUAGUUUCCAUGCAGCCGAUGAGCUAUAUGAAGCUGACGAAAGCACAGAUGUCGCUUGUAGCCGGCCAGCCGCUCCUUCAAUUACACUGUCGAUGCCUCAAACCGCCAUGGUUAUCCAUGGCCCCAAAGGACGUGUUUUAGCUCGUCCUUUCUACAUGUCAACUCAACGCAAGUCAAGUGACGAGCAGCCAGCCCUGAAACUGCCAGAGAAACCGCCGGAGGAACCAUCUAAAAAGCUUCCAAAGAAGCCGCCCGAGAAGCCCCCAGUGAAACCACCUGUGCCGGUAGCCGCUUCCGUCAGUCGUCCGCAGCAUCGACGCUUACCGAAAGGACAGCGGCCAUUCAAGGCGUCCGUGCGCGACACCGCGCUCAUCGCCGACAGUGUCAUGGCGCGAGCAAAGCCCUUGAUCAUCGAAAAGAAAGUUCCCACACCCAUGACCAAGGGCGCUGCAAGGGCUCCAGCCGCAAGGCCUUUUGCCAUCGGCGUCCAAGCCACGUCGGAUGGACGACGCCGUCGGCGAGUCUCCAGUACCAGGGCCCUGACCGCGCCUCGCGGUUCUGUCGGUGCUCCGUCGGUGCCUCUUCCGCCAGCGCCUCCAGGCAUGCGCACAAUCUCAAUGUCAACCGGGCACAGAGACUUCCGCGAGGCGAUGCUUUGGGACUAUAGCCCCGCGCCUCCACCGAAGACGCCGCAGAUCCACUCCAAGCGCGCCUCGAUUGCCCAAGCACAGCCAGGAGCUGCGCCUGCCGGGACUUCGAAAGGAGGAACAGGCAUCCCGUCAGCGGUAAAGUCUUCAACCUCCCAUAAGCCUCCCUCGCAAUUGGCCACUCUGAGACGGCAGUCGGUACCUUCAACUACAGCACAAGCUGUACCACCGGAAUACCAAAAGGCUGACAAGAAAGUAGCGAAAACCGUUUCCGCACCACUGCUUCCCGCUACACCAGUGAAAUCGGCUUCUGCUGACCCAGAGUCUGGCGUGAAGGCUGCGCAGAAAAGAGCUGAAAAGGGCAGAAAACCGUCCCUACCGAAGACCGCAAUCGAUCCUUCCAAGGCACCGGCAGCGAAAGUGCACGGGCCAGCCUCGGAAUUCCAGAAGGCUAUUGCUGUUGCGCCAACGCAGCCUUCUGACGUGGACGAAGCAUUAGUUGACUAUCGCUUUUACAAAGCGUCCGUCCAAGUGAGAGAAUCCCAGCAACUGCCAGUCAAGGCCCCGGCUGCGACCCCGUCACGCAAGGCCUCGAUACUGGCAAAACCCAAGGCUCCAGCCCCUGUCGCAAAGCCGGAGGAACCACGCAAGGAAACGGGCCAUCCGCUUCACGUAACGGAUUCCAGGGCUCUUGUUCCGUGGAACGAGGAAAAAGCCGCCUUGCUACCGGUGGAAAAGCCCCCUGCGAAACCUGAACAAACGAAAGCGCCCCCAAUGGCACCAAAGGAAGUUCCAAAGCCGCCACCUGAAGAAGCCAAAAAAGCGGCUCCGACGAAGACGCCAGAGCCAUCUUCGCAUUCGACCAGAGAAUUCAGGGUGGCCGUCUUGAGGACUGGAAAGCGCAAGGCUCACGGCGGGUAUAGGUGCGCCAAGCACAAAGACGAAACCUUGUCGCAGUACGAGCGCAGAAAGGCCAUGGUGAGGGCCAAGCGUAAAGCGAAGGCGAAAGCAAAGGCAAAAGCUGAUGUCCUAAUAAGGGUUCAUGAGGAAACAUCUGAGAUAAAGCCGCUUCGAAAGAAGUCCAAAAAAAAGAAGCACAAAUGCCACGCUGCGCGAAAGGCGGGGAAAGAAGAAAGCGAGUCACGCGAGAAGGCUAAGAAAAAGCUGAAGAAAGAAAAAAGUCAGUCUACCACCUCCGAUCUCCAGGUCAAAAAGAAAGGCAAGAAGAAGUCCUCGAGAGAUAAGUCCGAGCAACGCGGGCCACCCGUGCAAUAUGUUCAGACUAGAACGUGUUCAGUAAUUCCGUGUUGCUUCUUCUUGAUCCUAGCCUUGAUCGUUGCUUUGCUGAUAGCCUAUUUUGUCUGGCCAAUCCUGGAGGUUGCGACAACCACCAACACCAGCUAUAGCAUCCCCGAUGCCGCCACGGUAACACUUCCGCCACCGUACUCAAAGAUAUACACGUGUUCCAGCGACAUCUGCAAAGCCGAAGGCGCGUACUUGAAGUCGCUUCUCAGUACCGACAAAAAUCCCUGCGACAACUUUUACGAGUACGUGUGCGACGGUUGGAGUAAAGUCCACCCAGUUCCGGGCACGGGAGCUGGUGGCGUCCAGUCAAUGGACACGAUGCUGCAGGACAGGCUCCUGGCGAAUCUUGAGCCCUUGCUGCUAGGCAUGCCAGACACAGACGUCAGGGUAGCCGCCGAGCUGCACGGGGGCUGCUUGCGACGGGACCAGGUUGGAAACGAUGGCGACACGGUCGUCGGAGUUGCCCGGCAGUUAUUUCGCGAGUGGGGAAUCAAGGAGUGGCCGUUACUCAAACCCGAUGCAGUCACAACUUCGGUGGCGUGGACGUUUGCGGGAGAACUAGUGCGGGACCUUAACGUGGCCGCUUUGGCCUCCGUCAGCGUCGGCGUCAGCACCAAAGUGCUCGAAACCGCGGCCAUCGAGCUUGACAAACCACGCCUGCUAUUCUCUUGUAACGACGCGUCCACGCCUGCUGUGACGGAUCUGUUCAGUUCCGCCCUCAAGGAAAUAAUGACUAGGUUCUCCGCAGCAUCAGGCAAAAAUGACAUUGAUGAGGUCAUGAGGGUCUUCAUACGCAUCGGUUCGUCCCCCGCGUCUGCGGCCAGCCCGGACACUGGUCCUCUAUCUUACACGUUACUCAAGCUCAUCGACCUGGACAACGGCUACAAGCUCUUCCUCCAACGUGUAUUCACCGGCAUAAUCGUCAUCGACGGCACGACCGAAGUGAUGCUCAAGUCUACCGACUACGUGCGCCACCACCUGACGUCGGCCAUGCAGGAACUGCCGGCGCACGCCGUGGCCAACUAUUUGGGCUUCGUGGCGCUCGCCAAGAUGGCGCCCUUCUUCCCGGAAAAGCUCGCCAGUUUGCGGCAGGUGUUCGCCAAGGACGUGCUCGACCGCACCCUGCCAGACGUCUCGCGGACCAAGACCCUCUGCCUGCUGGCGGUGCAGCAGCUGCUGCCGGGGUGCUUCGCCAAGGCGGCCGCGAACCUGCGCGGCAUGUGGCACGCCGACCUGGCCCUGGUCGACUGGCUGUCCCGGAUGCAGUCCUCGUUCGGCCGCCACCACGAGCUGGUGGCCUGGAUCGACGAGCUGUCGGCGCUCAUCGUGCGCUAUCGGCUCAAGAGGAACCGCAUGGCGGCCUUCCGCGACGCGUCUUCGGAGCCCUGCGCUCCUGCGCCCGGCGAGAUACCGCGGCGCAGCGAGCACCCGCUGCGCUUCUUCCACCAGGUGUCCAUGCUGCAGGAGCAGAGGCGGCUCCAGGCGAUCCUCAAGAGCGGCCGCGACGUGCUGGCACUGAGGGGCGAACCGCGCUCCGAGCUGGCCACUGUGCCAGAGUACGAGGUGAUGCGCCAGAUGGUGCACGUGUCCAUGGCGCUCUUCAACACGUCGGUGCCGGCCAACAGCACCAUGUUCGCCUUCCACCUGUCCAGGGUGGCCGUCCGCUUCUACCGCGCCCUGGUGCAGCUCCUGUUCCCCAACAUCUACGAGCGAAACGCCCCGAUCGCGCUCGGCGACGGCACCAGGCGGCAGCUCGAGCGCCUCCUCUCCUGCUUCGAGGACGACCUGCGGCGGCUCCCGGUCGCGCUGCGCGGGCCCGUGCCCGUCGACUCCCGCAAGACCCGGGCGGCCCUGCUCCAGCACGUGGCGGCCGUCAAGCUCGCCGUGCGCGCCUUCGACGACCACUUGAACGUGCGGCGCAUUUGGCAGACCGACUUCCGGUUGCAGGACCUCCCCGACACCUCCUCGGACGCGCUGUUCUUCAUCUACUACGCUCUGGACAACUGCGAGUCGGCCGACACCGUCUACGCCGAGCACCGGGGCCACUGGCUCCCCGCGCACUACCGGGUGAACGCGGCGCUGCGGCACGUCGACGAGUUCGCGCACGCGUUCGGCUGCGCGCCCGCCGCCGACAUGGCGCCCAGGGCGGUCACGUGUAACGUCCUGAAGCGCCGCUAGGGGGCAGCGGCAACGUGCUCUCGCCUGCCGCGAGAGCGCAAUAUUUUUUUAGCGAAAGCAUACAGCAUAAGGAACUCUGAACGUUAUGUCACGUUCCACGAGGAACUUUUUGAGAAAUUGUGUAUCUGUAGCUUAUUAUACGCAGCGUACGUAGGAUAAGCCCUGUGCGCGUUCCGUACGCUUCGAUGGUGAAAUGUUUUCUAA